AUGUGGAGAAAAAGUUCUGAUGACCCUCUUUAUUUGCCAACUGAACUCUUAAAUCAAAUUUUAACUUACUUACCCGACCCAUACCAAUUAACUCCCGAAGAAAUUAAUUUUUUGGAGGAAAAUAUUAAUGCGUUAGAUUCGGCUCUGUCUCUUUAUCAAAACACAAGAGAUUUCGAGCAGAAAAGGAGGGCAGGAAUGUUUCAUUUAUGGAGACUACGACGAAAUGGGAGAGAUAGAGGAGAGACAUCGGCAGCAAUUACUCUUCAGUUGAUAAUAUGGUUAACUUUUCUCCCUAUAAUUAUACUCGACUGA